AUGGCAUUUCUCGGCUGUUGGCAUUGCAAGACGAUGAUUGGCUGUAGUGGCGUUAACACAGUCUUCAUCAACGCCGUGGAUCAGGGACUCGUUGACCAGCCGAUUUUUACAGUUUUCUUGGAACAUGUUGGAGCACAGGACAACGUCUACGGAGGGGUGUACACCUACGGUGGCUUAGACACCACAAAUUGUGGUCCUGUGCUUGCCUAUCAGCCACUCUCAUCUGCAACCUAUUACCAGUUCAAGCUCAGCGCCGUUGCGUCGGGCACGUAUUCGUCAGCCAAGGGAUGGCAGGCGAUUUCUGACACUGGCACUUCCCUGUUGGCUGCUCCAACUUCGAUAGCUAGCGCCAUCGCUGACGCCAAUGGAGCAACGGUUAUCUUUUUCAUUUAA